GCUCCCUCUCAAACCUCGCAGUUUCUCGCGUUGUUCGGACACAGCUGAUCGUUCCCCUGCCUGCUAGACAAAAUAAAACAGGCCAGGCUAGCCGGGCGCGCACUUCCUCUCCUGGGGGAGCGGGGGACCUUGCCGGGCCACGAACCGGAGAGGCCCUGAAGAAACGGGAACCGGCGGGAGCUUGUCUUCUUUCUUCCAGCCAUGAAAAUCAGCAUUGCGGCGGCGCGCUAACGUUAGCAUCGUCCCCACCGACACACAGGGACCGAUGGCCAAACAUCCCCCCGCGGCGGUUAGCCUGAAUGUCAAUGUUGUUGUUUAGUAAAAGCCACGCGAGGUCACGAUGUCCUGCUCCGGCAACCUGGUUUGGGAUGUAAAUAAACGCCUCAUCGGAUACAGCCAACCCAACAUCAUCAGGACGAACUAUUUAGGUCGAAGAGAGUUUGUUCAGAAACUGAAACUCGAAGAAACGCUGAAUGUCCACGAUGGCUGCGUGAACACAAUAUCUUGGAAUGACACGGGAGAGUACAUCUUGUCAGGUUCCGAUGAUACCUUCCUGGCCAUUACCAACCCGUACAACAAAAAGGUCAAAAGGUCAAUACGGUCCGGCCACCGGGCCAAUAUUUUCAGUGCAAAGUUCAUGCCCCACACCAACGACCAGGAGAUCAUCUCCUGCUCCGGGGACGGAAUCCUCUACUACACCCGCACGGAAAAGACGGCCGAGUUCAACAGACAGUGUCAGUUUACCUGCCAUUACGGCACCGCCUAUGAGAUUAUGACAGUACCAAAUGACCCCUACACCUUUCUGUCGUGCGGGGAGGACGGCACAGUUCGAUGGUUUGACCUCCGGAUGAAAACGAGCUGCACAAAAGAGGACUGCAAAGAUGACAUCCUGAUCAACUGCCGGAGAGCGGCGACGUCCAUCUCCAUCUCGCCGCUGAUGCCCUACUACCUGGCGGUGGGCUGCUCGGACAGCUCCGUACGCAUCUACGAUCGACGCCUGCUGGGCACCAGGGCCACUGGUAACUACAUGGGUCGGGGGACGACGGGUAUGUGCGUGAGGUUCGUGCCUGCCCACCUGUCCAACAAGUCGUGUCGCGUGACGUCGCUGUGCUACAGCGAGGACGGCCAAGAGGUGCUGGUCAGCUACUCCUCCGACUACAUUUACCUUUUUGACCCCAAAGACGACCAGGCCCGAGAGCUGAAGGGGCCUUCGGAGGAGAGGAGGGAGGAGCUGAGGCAGCCGCCAGUGAAGCGCCUCCGUCUGCGGGGGGACUGGUCGGACACCGGACCCCGGGCCCGUCCCGAGAGUGAGAGGGAGAGAGAUGGAGAGCAAAGCCCGAAUGUGUCUCUGAUGCAGAGGAUGUCGGACAUGUUGUCACGCUGGUUUGAGGAAGCCAGCGAGGCUCAGAGCAGUCGAGGGACUCGCCCUCAGUCGAGACCUCGAGGCACAGCUGUUCGCCCCAAUAUUCCCGCUGCCACUGGAGGUGCCUCCAGCCAGGGGAGCAGCGCCCCCGAGAGGCCGGCGGCGUCCGAUGCCCAGGACGUGCAAACCGGUCCUGCCCCGGCGGCACCCUCGCCCACGUCGUCUCACCCGUCUCAGUCAUCGUCAGGUGCCGCCGUACCUCCCUCUUCCAGCACGUCUUCAGUCGAGAGUUCAGCUCCGUCGUCCUCUGGAUCCGGGUCCCAGAGGGAGACCCCCGCGACCGGAACCGCGGCAACGGUUGCGUCGGAAACGGCGGUCUCGGAUUCGCCUUCGUCGGUGGUGAACAAGCAGCUGGGUUCCAUGACUCUGGAUGAGCAGCAGGGAGGUGCAUCGGUUUCGCGGUGCGAAGACACUCCCGUGCCAGGAAUCUGCAGCCCCCCCUCCACCUCCAGCACCGGCCGAUCCAGUGCGGCGGAACCGGUGCUCAGCCUGCACUACAGCUCGGAGGGAACCACUACCAGCACCAUUAAGCUGGACUUCACUGACGAGUGGAGCAGCAGCACGUCCAGUUCUCUGGGCAGUGGCGGUCCCAAAGCAUCUGACCCAGUGCACAGCCAACAGAGUGUAUCCACAGAGAACCUCGUGGUGGAACAACCUACGCGUGACUCCUCAGGGCAGCUAAGCGGGACGUCGGCCAGCACAGAUCCUCCACGCGACGCCCCCUCCUCCAGCGCCCGAGACAGGUCGCCUGCCAGCGUCACACCGGAAAACACCGCGGAGAGGAGCCCUGCCGACUCCCCGGGGGACUGCCGUAGGCAAGAGCCCUCGGGGGAGCAGGGCCCGGAAGCGCCGGCGCCAGCGGAUGAAAACCCGAGUCAGACCGCACGGGGGAACCAGGACUCGGACGACAGUGACGACGACCCAAUUCUCAUCCCGUCGACCAGGUUCAGAGGGCAGGGUCAGAGAUUAAGUUCCAGAGGAUCUGCAGUAGGCGAUAGAAUGAUCAGACGCUCUGCAGCAGCUCGCAUCCAGGAGCUGUUUCGCAGGAGGAAGGAGAGAAGGGAGCUGGAGGAGAGCGAGACGCAGAACAUCAGGAGGCCCUCGGUCAAAAUGGUCUACAAGGGCCACCGCAACUCCCGGACGAUGAUCAAAGAGUCGUGCUUCUGGGGCAACAAGUUUGUGAUGAGCGGCUCCGACUGCGGCCACAUCUUCAUCUGGGACCGGCAGACCGCCGAGCACCUCAUGCUGCUGGAGGCCGACAACCACGUCGUCAACUGUCUCCAGCCGCACCCCUACGACCCCAUUCUGGCCUCAUCGGGCAUCGACUACGACAUCAAGAUCUGGUCGCCGAUGGAGCAGUCGCCGUCUUUCAACAGGGUUCUUGCUGACGAGGUGAUAACGCGGAACGAGCUGAUGCUGGAGGAGACGAGGAACACAAUCACAGUGCCUGCUUCCUUCAUGCUGCGAAUGCUGGCGUCCCUCAAUCACAUCCGAUCAGAUCGUCUCGAAGGCGAACGCUCUGAAGGUUCAGGGCAAGAAAACGAGGACGAGCAGUAGAUGGGUGACUCCCCCCCCCCCCUUUUCCUUCCCCCUUUUGCUGGAGAGCACUUCUUUGUACAAGUGUAGCAUACUACCUUUUUGAACCCCCACUUUCCCACCACUUGUUUUUUAAGACUUUCUUACCGACGUUUAUGUAAAAGGGUGACCUAAGUGUGCGCUAAUGCAAUGGCGUCCCAAUACAUCAACAGCGAGAGGUGAGUGGUGUGCAAGAUUAAGUGCAAUAUUAUUAUUGUUACGCGUUGGGAGCGUAUAUUCGCGUCAAUGGUUUUCAGUGUUACGUUGGAUUUGAAGCAAUGUAAACAAAGGGUACUUGCUUUGCUUUUGUUGGAGAGAACGAAAAAAUAUGGUUGGUCUCGGUAAAAAAAAAAAACUUUUACAAAAUUUAGAAGACAAAAAAAAAAAAAUAAAGCUACAAGGCAUCUGAGAGAUGUCUGUGUGACAAACUUGCCGCUGCUCACUUAUUUGGCUUACGCACUUUGUGACUUGAACGACAGCACUGUGGACACUUUUGUACAAAACUUUUUAUAGAAACGCUAUAAAAAUUUUAGUUACAAUGUGUUGAAGAUCGAAGGUUAUACAGCUCGUUGUCCUUGUAAAGAAAAAAAUAAAAAAUAAAGUAGUACCAUUCAAAAGAUCGCAUACGAGGUAAGACUGAAGUGCCGUCAUCAUUAAAUGCGCUACGCCACGGGUGUCAAACUCAAGGCCCGGGGGCCAGAUCCGGCCCACCGCAUGAUUUUAUGUGGCAUCAACGUUUGUGAUUUUUUUUUUCUUUUUUCAAAUCUGUACCAAAAUUUCAAAUUGUCAUAUCAUAAAUAACGUUGCACUAUUACAAGCAUUUUUGUGUUACCAAACAACAAUAGUUGGAAAAACCCAUUACCCUUGAUUUCUGAUUCCAAAACUAGUUCAUAAAUUUCAUGUGUAAAUAUGAUGAGGUGGUUAAAGACUUUUUACGGCCCUUUGAGGGAAACCAUAAGUACAAUGUGGCCCGUGACAAAAAUGAGUUUGACACCCCUGCUUUACACCUUGCAUCCUCCCAUAGUUCCAUCUGGAACUCUGGAAUCAGGUUUAAAAUGCGCACUACACACACAAAAUUUGGGUCUCGUACAUCAUCAUUUGACGGCGCGGCACAGCGCAACAUCUAAAAUGGAAUGAAUGCCCCAAACGUGUACAAUUUGGUAGUCUAUGGGUUACAAAAAAAAAUAAUAAAAAAUUAUUAAGUCCA